AUGUCACCGUCCACAACGGCUGCCAAUACGACCAUGGACCCUGGCACAUCGCUUCUGAGCCCCGGAACCGUGCAUGCAUAUGACUGCCUCGAUGUUUGUUUGUUUCUGAUGUAUGACAUACUUAUUACUCCGUAUUUUGUCUCUGUCGAGACUGUGUUCAUGGCAUCCUGGAUGAUUUGGGGCUCGACGUCGUGCCAUUCUGGCAAAGACGACCCAAAACAAGCGGGGAAGGGCGAGCAUCACCGGAGACAUAUGGAUACCUCCCGAGCCCCCAACAGGUGCAACGCUCCCCUGAGGAUCUUUGGGGAUCUCAUUCGCGCGAGGAGGGUGCCGUAG